GCACAGCAAACCAAACUAAUUAUCAACAUGAUCGCUAAGGUUGUCAUCUUCUGCGCUGCCCUCGCAGCUGCCCAUGCAUCUCUCCUGGCCGCUCCCCUCGUCAGCACCGGAGUCAGCGCAGAAUCUAGACAGCAAGAUGCUUUCGGUAACUACGCUUACGCCUAUGACAUCAGGGAUGGAGCAACUGGAUCCAUCAACUCCAAGGCUGAAGUAGGAAAAGCAGCCGCCAUCGCUGUCGCCGCCCCAGCCAUUGCUGCUCCCCUUGCCUAUGGUGCUCCACUUGGACUUGGACAUGGAGCUCUUGGACUCGGAUAUGGUGCUGGUCUCGGAUAUGGAGUUGGUCUCGGACACGGAGCUCUCGGUCUCGGAUAUGGUGCUCUUGGACUCGGACAUGGAGCUCUUGGACUCGGCAAAGUUCUGUAUUAAGAAACAAGCUUUUUAAUUUGAAUGGACUCCCUCUUGAAAGAUGACAUUAUUUAUUUUGAUUAAGUGUAGUGUUUAU